GUAGCCAGCGGUGGCUGUACAAUUCGGACAUCUCCCGGACGUGGCCCGUGUCCGGACAGUUCUCCAAGUACCACAGGAUACUCUACGAGUUGGUGCUCACAGUUCAGUUGCGCCUGAUAGAGAUCCUGGGGGAGCACCGGCCGGCGCUGGACCAGCUGUUCGACAGCAUGUGCCGGCUGCUGGGCGCCCAGUUACAGCAGGAGGGCGUGUUGCCGAGACACAUUGAUGGGAGUGAGCUUAUCGGGAAAGCGUACCGGCUGUGCCCGCACCACGUGUCGCACUACCUGGGGCUGGACGUGCACGACGCGCCGCUAGUCCGCAGGAACGUGCCCGUCGCGCCCGGCAUGGUCGUCACCGUCGAGCCAGGUAUCUACAUCCGCCCAGACGACACGUCAGUGCCGCCAGAGUUCCGCGGAGUCGGCAUUCGCAUCGAAGACGAUGUAUUAGUCACGGAGGGAACGCCUCUAGUCCUCACGGAUGCCGCCGUCAAAGAAGUAAGGGACGUCGAAGCGAUUGUGGGCAAACACGCACAAUGAUAUAAGGGUCAUUUUCAAACACCUCAGUUGAGCUAGGAUGCGCGCCGUGAUAAAAUAUUUUCGUUGAUUUUAUACGACUAAACUAUGGACUUAUCGCGUCGAUAAAAUGGCGCGAUAAAAGCUUAUCGCGGCGCGCAUCCUAGGUCUACAAGUAGACUCUUUGGAGUGCUUUAGCAGAAAAUAAAUGAAAUUUAGUGUCACGAAAACGAAAACAUUGAGAUUUACAUUGACAUGUGACAUAAGGCCGUUGAAGUGCUUUGCUUGCAGUAAAUAAAUUAUGUUAAUUAGCAAAAUUGUUAAAAUUUAACUAGUAAAUAAUAAACUUAUGAAACUCGUGGCGCUAAUUUCUAUGCAAAUUGAGUCUGCUAUCAAACUUGCUUUCGUAAAAAAUUGUAUCGUCAGAAAACUACAAAUUAGACAAUAACAAGCGAUAAAAAAA